ACUCGGCGGUAUUUAAGGGAGAGCCGCGAGCGUAGCGCGCCAGUUGUUACUACGGCCGGUUGGUGGUUGGCUUUCGCGGACUGACAUUCGCUGGAUCAGUCCUCACGUCGCGUGGCGCCAAUUGUGCAAUUAAAACGCAUUAGACUAAUACAAAAAUUAUAUACAUAUAUAUAUAUACAUACAUACAUAAAUGUCUAAACUCUCAAUAAACAAUCUUGAUAAAUUAUCUCAAUAAACCUUAAUGAAGGAAUCGCUUAGUGACACUUAAGGCGAACUAAGCAAUCACGUGCCAAGUGAUGAACAGUUCACCAUUCACCUUCAUCUUUUAAAUUUUUCGUGAUAUAAAUAAAUAUCUUUUUCACAAUAAUAAACACGAUCGUAAAUAUAUAAGUGCAAAGUUAAGUGAAUACAUGAGAAACUACGAGGUUUUUUCUUAAAUCGGCGACGACGUUAUGUGAAAAUAUACAUAUGGCAUUAUUUGAACUCUUCACACCUGAAGAUCGAAAGAAUUUAACAUUUUUAAAUCUUGGAUCGUACAGAUGAGUGUAUCAAUGAGAUGCCCGAUGCUACUGCUGGCAUUGGGGUUAAUUUUCAUGCAAUCGUCAGUCGGAGCUUUACCACGAGAAGGUACAUAUUUUACACGAUCGAAUGUUUCGUCCGAACUCAUCGGGACGUCUUCCAGUCACAGUAUUUCGAUCAUCAGGAUCUUGUCCGAUGGACGAUUGGAACGGUUUAUCCGGUGGCCUGGAGCUUGCGCCAAAGAGAUCAUUAUCAAUUGGGGAAACACAGACGUGACACUGCGACAAGUCUGGCUUCGUAAGUCCAACAGAAAGCUGCAAUUGAUAUACGCCGGUGAAACAUUGACUGACUGUAUUGACGAGAAGCUCGCGUGGUGGGACGACAGCGAGUGUUUGCCCAGCUCUCGCGAUGUCUAUCGUUAUCACGAUGAAGGUGACGAGAUGUCAAUCGAGGUGUUCCAACUGGACGGUAAGGACUUUUCGAGGAUACCCCGUGACCUCUCUUGGCUGUUGUCGACAUCGGAGCUUCGUCACCGAUGCGAUCGCAUGAGAAUGCGAAUACAAAGCCAAGCCAUGGCUCAACAUCGACAUAGGAAAUAUGCAAAAUCAACGAAUGCGACAGCAAGUAAUGGAAAGCAAAUUCGAAGUCGGAAUCGGGCUCGAAGGGAUUUAUUCAUGAUACCAGGGACAAAAUGGUGCGGUCGCGGUGACCGUGCUACCAAGUAUACCAAUUUGGGCGGCUUCGGCAUAGCUGAUGCCUGUUGCCGCAAACAUGAUACAACUUGUCCUUUUUACAUACCGGCCUUCGAGUCGCGUUACGGUGUUUUCAAUUGGAGAAUUUCAAGCAUGAUGCAUUGCGCUUGUGACGAGCGAUUUCGCACGUGUUUAAAAAUGGCCGGGACUGCGUCGGCGGAUUUCAUAGGUAAAAUCUUCUUCGACGUGCUUCAAUCAAAGUGCUUUAUUCUGAAACCGCAAAAGAUAUGCGUGAAACGCACUUCCUGGUGGGGUAAAUGUCAACGUUAUGAAUACCGAAAACAGGCCUACGUACGAGAUAAUGUUCCUUAUUAAGGGUAUAGAACGUGAGAGAUUGCCAUAAAAUAAUGACGUAUUCUUCUUCCGAGGAUGUCAAUAGCAAUUCUCAGGGAUGUAAUAUUUUAUCAAACACUCAUAAUAUGUUCCAAAACUCAAACAAAGAAAUUAAAUCGAUUAAUUGAUUAAUUAUAUCAUCAAAGAUACGAUUGACAAUACAUCGUAAUGUUUUCGAAGAAUAAUUACAUCAAGUCUACUUAUAACCACGUCAGGCAUCUUAAGAUGUUAGAAAAGAAGAAAUCGUACGCAUGAUUUUUUCAACUUAUUUAUAAAUAAUUUCAAAUGCGUCUGUCUCAAUAAAAUUGUAAAUGAAGAA